UUACCUCUUUAGAAACCUCGAUCAAAAUUAAAAAAUGAGUUUCAUUUUUUUCUUGAAAAUGUUAGCUUCUUUCUUUCUCUUUUUGUUCAUACUAUUUUCUUUCACAAAGAAGAAAAACAAAGGAAAAAAACUCCUUCCAAGUCCAAGAAAAUUGCCUAUUAUAGGAAACCUUCAUCAACUUGGAAAAUUGCCUCAUCGUUCACUUCAAAAACUUUCUAAUGAAUAUGGUGAUUUAAUUUUCUUGCAAUUAGGUUCAAUCCCAACUCUCCUUGUCUCCUCCGCCGACGUUGCGAAAGAGAUCUUUAGAGUACAUGAUGUUGCUUUUGCUGGCCGUCCUCCCUUGUAUGCUGCAAAAAGACUUAGUUAUAAUUGUUGUAACGUGUCUUUUGCUCCUUACGGUAAUUACUGGAGAGAGGCCCGGAAAAUUCUAGCUUUAGAGUUGCUAAGCGCAAAGAGAGUAGAAAGUUUCUCAUCAAUUCGCGAUGAGGAAGUGAGUCGUUUGAUUCAAGAAAUUGGCAAGUCUUUAAACUCAUCUAUUAACAUAAGUGCAUUGGCACUAACCUUGUCAAAUAACGUUGUUUGUCGAGUGGCUUUUGGGAAAGGAAGUGAUGAUGAAAGUGGAUAUGAUAAUGGAGGGAAAAAGUUUCAUGAAAUUCUUUAUGACACACAAGAAUUGUUGGGUGAGUUUAAUGUUGCUGAUUAUUUUCCAAAAAUGGCAUGGAUUAACAAAUUUAAUGGGCUAGAUGAAAGAUUGGAAAAGAAUUUUAGAGAAUUGGAUAAGUAUUAUGACAAAGUAAUAGAAGAUCAUGUUGAUUCAAGAAAUUGGAUUAAAGAAAAAGAUGAUGAAGAUCUUGUUGAUGUAUUGCUUCGAAUUCAAAAGGAUCCAAACCGAGAUGUACCUCUUCAAGAUAGUCACAUCAAGGGCCUUCUUGCGGAUAUAUUCAUAGCAGGAACUGAUACAUCAGCAACAACCAUAGAAUGGAUCAUGGCAGAACUUAUGUUAAAUCCAAAAGUCAUGAAAAAAGUUCAACAAGAAGUGAGACAAGUUGCUAAGGGAAAACAAAAGGUCCAAGAAACUGAUCUUUACAAACUUGAAUACAUGAAAUUGGUCAUAAAAGAAUCCCUUAGACUUCAUCCACCAGCCCCAUUACUAAUCCCUCGAGUAACAACAUCUAGUUGCAAAAUAAUGGACUACGAAAUCCCAGAAAAUACAAGAGUCCUCAUCAACGCGACAGCAAUUGGGACCGAUCCAAAAUACUGGGAAAAUCCAUUGACGUUUAUACCAGAGAGAUUCUUGAAUAAGGAUAUUGAUUAUAGAGGUCAAAAUUAUGAGUUUUUGCCAUUUGGGGCAGGGAGAAGAGGGUGUCCAGGAAUUAAUUUUUCUGUACCACUUGUUGAGCUUGCAAUUGCUAAUUUAUUAUUUCAUUAUGAUUGGACACUACCUCAAGGGCUGAAAGCUAAGGAUCUUGAUAUGGAAGAAGCUUUGGGGAUUACUAUGCACAAGAAAAUUCCCCUUUGCUUAGCAGCUUCUUAUUAUGACUUGUAAUAAAUAUCUCUUGUAUACUACUUGAAUAAAUGUAAGCUCAUCAAGAACAAUAAGGUGUAUCAUUACACUCAAUAUAUUCUUAUAGUAAUAAAUAAUAGCAGACAAUUUGUAAUAAGGAGUACAAUGUGUACAUUUGAAAAAAUCAUUUAUUAUAUAUAUUAUGUGUGC